AUGCACGGGGGACCGCGGGAGCCUUCACGCCCUGUCGCCCUGCCCUCUGGAACACUCUGGCUGCUGGACGCUAUGCAGGACCAGUACUACAACGUCCGUGGCGCAGCGUUCGUGAUCCCACGCGUGGAGGAACGUGAAAGCGCUCAGGAAAAAACCUGCGCUAUGCGUGCAAAGUUCAAGAGCCUCAUGCACCAGGCGGUGGCUCAGCAGCCUAUGGCGCUCACGCUCAUCAGCGAUGGACCUCUGGUAGAUGUGGAACCGGAGGUCGCCGAGGACGCCGAGGUGCAGGCCGCUCUCGUGCCCCAGCCUACGUCCAGCUGCACCGGCAUCGUGCAUGUGCCGACCUCCAGCGUGGACCUGGACGAUGAUGCUGACGUGGUCCAGACCUCGAGCUCCUCUCCGCGGCGGACAAAGAUGCUCCGUUUCACGUGUCUGGCUAAUGGCUGCCGUACCGUCAACGUGAAGCCCAUCAGCCCAGAGUCCUUCACGCGAGGCACCGUGUUUGCUCAAUGCGCGCGGUGCGCCAAGUGGCACCUCAUUCGCGACCACCUCAAUCUGUGGGACCAGUCCCGGCGCACCGUGUAUCGCAACGGUAAGCGUGUCGUACCUCCACCGGCAUCGUCGCCGACCCGGGGGCCGGCGCUGACGCUGGAGGAGGUCCCUGAGGCACUGCGGCCCUCGAAGGAGGUCUUGGACUUCUUCCUCAACGGCGGGCGUGUGGGCGGCUGGGAGCAGCAGCAACAGGAGUGA